AUGGAGCUGAACACAGCUUCGGCGAACUCGACCCAGACGGAGGCCCCAGGACAAAUCCCCAAUGACGGCACCGGCAUUAUACAGCUCGACGGCUAUCUAGAGCCUUUCAAGGACGCACUCAAGAGCCGCUUCUCCAAAACACAGCAAUGGAUCAAGACCAUUGACGAGACCGAAGGCGGUCUGGAAAAGUUCUCUAGGGGCUUCGAGAAGUUUGGCUUCAACGUCCAGCCCAACGGCGACGUCGUCUAUCGUGAAUGGGCCCCUAACGCACUUCGAGCCUACCUCAUCGGCGACUUCAACAACUGGGAUCGCGAUGCGACCCCAAUGACGAAGAAUGACUUUGGUGUCUUUGAAGUGACUGUUCCAGGAAAGAAUGGCCAGCCCGCAAUUGCCCACGACUCCAAGAUCAAGGCAAGACUGCACAUACACACACAUCUUGGGACAACCGACCGACUGACUUCACUACAGGUGUCUUUUGUCACCCCCAACGAUCACGCCCGCCAGGAGCGCAUUCCCGCCUGGAUCACCCGCGUAACACAAGACCUCAGCGUCUCUCCUGUCUACGAUGCGCGCUUCUGGAACCCCCCUGAGAAAUAUGUCUGGAAGCAUAAGCGGCCAGCGACGCCCAAGAGUGCACGUAUCUACGAGGCCCACGUCGGUAUCUCCUCGCCUGAGCCCAAGGUGGCCACAUACAAAGAGUUCACUCAAAACACGUUGCCACGCAUCAAGCACCUGGGAUACAACACUAUACAGCUGAUGGCAGUCAUGGAGCACGCAUACUAUGCCAGUUUUGGCUACCAGAUCAACAGCUUCUUCGCUGCAAGCAGUCGCUACGGCCUCCCAGAUGAUCUCAAGGAGCUCAUUGAUACUGCACACGGCAUGGGCAUCACCGUACUGCUGGACAUGGUGCACAGCCAUGCAUCCAAGAACGUCCUUGACGGUCUGAACAUGUUUGAUGGCAGCGACCACCUCUACUUUCACGAGGGCGCAAAGGGACGACACGAGCUGUGGGACAGUAGGCUGUUCAACUAUGGUCAUCAUGAGGUCAUGCGAUUUCUUCUCAGCAACUUGCGAUUCUGGAUGGAGGAGUACCAGUUUGACGGUUUCCGGUUUGAUGGUGUUACCAGCAUGCUGUACACUCACCACGGCAUUGGAACGGGUUUCUCGGGUGGUUACCACGAGUACUUUGGACCGUCUGUCGACGAGGAGGCAGUCGUGUACCUCAUGAUUGCCAAUGAGCUACUACACCAGCUCUACCCAGACUGCAUCACCAUCGCUGAAGAUGUCUCGGGUAUGCCAGGACUCUGCGUCCCACUCUCGCUAGGCGGAAUAGGAUUCGACUAUCGAUUGGCUAUGGCAGUGCCUGACCUCUACAUCAAGUGGCUCAAGGAGAAGCAAGACAUUGAUUGGGACAUGGGUGCCCUCGUCUUCACCCUGACCAACCGAAGGCACGGCGAGAAGACCAUUGCCUACGCUGAGAGCCACGACCAAGCCCUUGUCGGCGACAAGACCCUGCUCUUCUGGUUAUGCGACGCACAAAUGUACACCAACAUGUCCAUACUCUCCGAACUCACCCCAGUCAUCGACCGCGGACUCUCCCUACACAAGCUCAUUCGACUCAUCACGCACGGCCUCGGCGGCGAAGGCUACCUCAACUUUGAAGGCAACGAGUUUGGGCACCCUGAAUGGCUCGACUUUCCGCGCGAAGGUAACGGCAACUCGUUCCACUACGCCCGCCGGCAGUUCAAUCUCGUCGACGACGAGCUGCUCCGCUACCGGUUCCUCAACGAAUUCGACUCGAAGAUGCAAUGGACCGAGGAAAAGUACGGAUGGUUACACGCGCCCCAGGCCUAUGUCAGCCUCAAACACGAGGGCGACAAGGUCAUUGUAUUUGAGCGGGCGGGCCUGCUCUGGAUCUUCAACUUCCAUCCCAGCAAUAGCUUCACGGAUUAUCGGGUUGGGGUAGAACAGGAAGGCACGUAUAAGAUUGUGCUGAACUCUGAUUCCAAGAUGUUUGGCGGCCAUGGCAAUGUAGAUGAGAGUACGCGAUUUUUCACCACGCCGUUUCAGUGGAAUGAGCGCAAGAACUUUUUGCAGGUGUAUAUUCCUAGUCGGACGGCAAUUGUACUGGCAUUGGAGAGCACGAUUUAG